UGCAAAGUGAUACAUUUUGAUGAUAUAGUUGACCCUGGUUUUGUCUUAUAUUUGGGUUAUCAGCUAUUUGUAUAUAUGUAUUUUUUUUAAUCUUAUUUUUGAUUCCAGUGCAUGGAAAUUAGGUAGAUAUCAAGAAGUUAGUCUAACUUAGUGUCCACAUGUUCCCUUUUUUGCGCCUCCCCCAUCUUCUUCUUAUUCAUCAUCACAUUUCCCAUAAUUUUAGUGUCUGCUUCCUUGCAACUGUGUAAUGCCAACUUAUAAUUAGUUCUUGUCAUGUUUUUAUCUUAAAGCAUCUGAUUAAACCCUUUGUCGUUUUCAAGUCAACUACAGGAUUAGUUAAAAGGUGAUUGAUCCAAGAUUCCUAGUUCAAGCCUCCCUUUUUAGGCAAGUUCUUUUUUCAACAAGUAGGAGCUGGAUGCUUUGAUAUUAACACUGCCUUUCAUAAGGGAGGUGAAGCUUCUGGUAUAUAUGAUGAGUCAGAAAUGAAUGAUCCAACAAUGUGCAUUGUGUUUCCUCUUUCUCAUCAACCAAGAUUACGGAACAAACACAGUUGCUUUAACUGCUGCUUUACUUAACAAUGGAUUGAUUGGCAAAGUAGCUUCAAGUUCUAACGACUUGAUGAAAAAUGGUGGUGCUCACAAGAUCCAUUAUAGACUCAUAGUUGCAGCUACAAGCUUCUACCCUCCAAAGAAUGCCCUCUCUAGUAAGGACAUGGAUUUUCUUUGAGUUUUUCUUGUAACUUCCCUUGAUCAAUUCCCUUAAUCAAGGACAAUUCGAGGAUAUAUUUUAAAGUGGAUGGAGUAAUGCUUCAAGGCAGCAUUAUGCAAAAAUCAUUUCAAGGAUUCCUUUGUUGUAUAUAUCCAUACAUCUGGCGUUGCGAAAAGUCUUCAUGAACUCAUACAUGAACUGCAUGGGGCUUGGAUGAAAUAUAUCAAGUCAUGGGAGCUUUAAAAUAAUGGCUAGUGGCUGGUUUUGAUCAUCAUUGCAAAAAUAGUAGAGAGACAGUGAGAGUGAGUUGCAACAGCAGUAAGGUCAGUAGAGGAGUUAGUUCUGCCAGAUGAUUAGUCAUUUUGGUCUCCGGUUCCUCUUGGAACGCGCUUAGCAUACUUGGUGAGAUUUAUCCCAAAUUUAAUGGCAGAUUUUGACUUCCAGCUUUAUUAUGAUGAUGACUGUGACAUUGGUGAUCCAAGAAUUUAUUUUUGAUGAUUUAUUGUUAUGUACAAUCUCUGGUGUUUCCUAAAGUAGAAGAAACUUCGUUGUUGUCAUAACCCAAUUUUAAUAGGGGCUAAAUGACAAAAUUAGAGGUCUAUGGACUAUUGUUGCAAAAAAAUGAAACUUGAAGUGCUCAAAGGAGGAAUCAACAAAACGACAUUCACCAAAACAGAAAAAAAAAAAAAAUUGCUUGGCUUAUCCUAAAUCCACUCAGGUUUUGAAGAUAUUUUGGGAGAUCGAAAGUUAUCAACAAGAGGUGCAAAAGAAGAGUUCAAAAUAGAUUCAAAGUGGGGAGUUCUAAACAUAAAAGGUAUGAAUCUAGACUUGAAAAGAGGAAGAUGUGGGAAAAACUAAGAAAUCCCAUUCCAGAUAAGAUUUCCAGAUAAGAUUGAGUUGUUAUCUUAGGGAUUGGGAUUGAGUAUUAGAAGCAUAUUAGGAUUGGGUUUUUUCCUUUGUCUAUAAAAAGGGAUCUUUGGCUUUAGAGAGAAAUUCGAGAGUUGAGAAGGAGAAAGAAAGCAAAAGCUGAAAGAGAAGAAAAGGGAGAAGAAACCGAGAGAAAGCCAAGAAAAAAAAAAAAGCAGAACCAGAGGUGAAGUAGCUGUAGAGGGUGAGCGAAGAAGAAACUUGUAUUUGAAAUUUUAUAAAAUAAUAAAGCUUUAAUCCUUCAGCUCCAUACAGAUCUCCAGAUUAAAUCUCUUAUAACUAACAAUCCAUUAAAUGAAUGUAUAAAAUCUCCCAUUAAACUUUAGUUUAUAAGAUCAUGAUCUAUAUCUCAAAUCUAUAUUCACUUUACAAAAUGGCUAGCUUUCUAACUCGUCACUCCCCUCAGUUUCUCCGUCCUCGGUUUCGCUUCCUGAAAUGGUGGACAAGGAAAACUAUGAGAUAACUCAGUAAGUAAAUAUGGAUAACCCUUAGGUAAAACUUUUAGCAUGCCAGAUAAACCAUGUAAGUAUAACAGAACUUUCACUGAUAAACCGUUAAUGCGGAAAUCAAUUUCCGUUCAAUUG